ACAGGCAGCCGCUGGUGAGCGCUAGAGUGUACGCUCCGCUCACAGCAAGAACACCGUCAAACUGAGAGGACGGACGGCCACCACGGAUCUCUCCCUCGGACAAAAACACAACAAAACGCGCCGAUUACCCUCCGACAUUUCGCUCUUGUGGGACUUUUACAACAACAUUAAUGCCUCGAAAGUGAACCGGGCAAGAGGAGGGCUCGUUGCUGUUAACCUUCCCGUCGGUUAAAGCCGUAGAGGAGUAGCCGCUGGUCUCUGGAGGUUAAAGAUGUGCGAUGGGACCAUGGGAGCCCUGUUCUCCUGGCAGCAGACCGCCCACCGACUGGCUGCCUCGGCUCUGCUCCUGCUCUGCGCCCUACUCCCCCACGGCCACGCUUCAGGAUGUGCGCGGCCGCCCGGGGUGCAGCACGGGGACCUGUUGAACCAGACAGAGGCCAACCGCGGCUCCUUCCCCCCAGGGACCCUGCUCUCCUACAGUUGUGACCCCGGAUACAGUGCAGACGGCCCAGUGAGCAUCAUCUGCACCAGCCUGGGCACCUGGUCCCACCCAUCGCCGCGCUGCGUCCGGAACAACGUGUGUCUGCCUCCCACCGAGCCAGAGAACGGAGGGUACCGCUGCCACCCGUCGCCCUGCCACCGGCUCAACCACAAAACAGUCAUCGAGUACUUUUGCGACGAGGGAUACGCGCUCAAGGGAGACUACAAGUUCCUCACUUGCCAGAAUGGAGAGUGGGACGCCCCCAUGCAGGUCAGCUGUAGGCUCACACAAGAUAAGGAACCCUCUUCUCCUCUGGGGAUCCCAGCUCUGUCCAUUGUGGCGUCCACAGCCAGUUCUGUGGCUCUCAUCUUGCUUUUAGUUGUGCUUGUUGUUCUUGUUCAGCCAAAACUCAAGUCUUUUCACCACAGCAGGAGAGAGCAGGGCGUGUCGGGCCAGUCGGGCUCCAUCAUGGUGGAGGGUGUACAGGUGGCGCUGCCCUCGUAUGAAGAGGCAGUUUAUGGGAAUUCCUCAGAAGCAGCCCCUCCGCCCUCUCCUCCACCCUCCGCUCCAGAGACCCGGGUGCCCAUCGUACUGUCAGAGGGUCCUCCUCAGGGGGCCACUGGGGGCUUGCCCCCGCACACAGACUUUGACUACUGCCUCCCCUCCACCUCAUCCUCCUCAUACUCCUCCUCCCGCCACAGUCGCAGCCAUGCAGAGACAGUGCUGGUGCACCAGGCUCCCUCCUCCUCGUCCUGGGCCAGAGAGCACCCACGGGGCGCUUGUGCUCCCAUCCCACUGCGCAGAGACUCUGAGAGCAGCGACCAGCAUAGUUUACUGUCUGUCACCUCCACAGACGACUACUCUGACGAUAUUCCUCUGCUGAAGGAAGCAUGAGCAUGAGUGACUGUGGCUCCUCCCCCUCAGCCUAAAGACUAAAGACUGUACACAGGCCCAUUCCCCUGCAGCUCCUCUGCCAUCGCUUUAAUCAGAGCAACGCCAAACGCCAACACAGCACCGCUGGACCACCCAUGGAUCACCCAUGGACAACCCCUAUAGCUCCUGUAUAAUACAGACAAGAUUGUACUUCUCCAUACUUCACUAAAGCUCUCCUGGAGCAGGCCAUAGCCACUGUCAGGUAUCGCUCCAGACAUGUGUGAAGUCGGCCCCCUCGUCAUGUGGCGCUCAGUCCAAAUGGUCUUCCCGGUGUACUCGAAAUGCUUUGAGUGACAGCUGGGUCUCAUGGCCCUCUAUGUGAAUGCUGCAUGUUUUCUUUUCUGUUCUGUUUCUGUCACAGACAGGUGGCCCAGUCUGAAUGAAGCAUGACGCCUCCUCUGUCUCUCUGUUUCUCCUCUUUUUCUACCUGUGUGUGUGAUUGAGUGUAUGAAUUAUAGAGAGCCUUCUAACAGGAUGUGCGUCAUCUCAAAAAACAUUCUUGUGGGUUCCGUCGCCAUCGCGUUAUGUCGCGGUUGGGACCAUCGAUUUUACAGCGCUCCCUACUGGCCUCUCCAGUCACACACAGCACCUGUCAUUUAUAACAGCCACCCUUUUGUUGGUUUUCCUUCUGUAUUUAUUGCUUGUCUGAGAUUUCCGAGUGUAUGCUAUGUGUGUAUAUCUUUUGUGCGGCAGGAGAGGUGAUCGAACAGUAUGCUAGGCCUUGCUACAGCCAUUUCCUGAUUUUACGAAUUUUGCUCCGUUCCAAGUUCACAAUGUCCCAUGUUUUUUCACCAUAGGAAAAAAAACAGCCCUCCGAGCUUUGAGUCAUAUGAACUGCAUCUUUGUCUGGACAGGCAAUGAAUCCCACUACACCACGUGUGUAUUACUCAUUCAGACACUCAAAUAGUCUUAUUAGCCGGAGAAUACACUACUUCAUAUUUGUGCAUUAUAUUUACCCAAACUGCAGCUGGUUGCAGUGAAGACAUUUUCCCUGAUGCCUAGUGUAAGCAAGAGAGAAUCAUUAUUUGAAAUUUUAAACUGGAACUAAACACUGAAUCAACUUUUUUGCUACUAAACCAUAUAUAUGUCCAGUUUUAGUGUCUACUACAUAAAUUUGCAACUUUGUGGUCAAUUUCAGGUACUUGGUGACAUCACACAAGACUGACUCGAUUAUAGCCACGUGUUUCUGAUUAUAAACAGCAGGUUGCAGGAGCGUAGUUUGAAGUGUGGAUACCUGUUAGACCAAUCACACUGUUCCUUCUACCUCCUGCUCUCCCUUCACGCUUUUCUUUAGUCCUCCAGGUACUGCCCAAGUUAGUAGCUCUAUUUGAAAUGUGGUUGUGGGCGAAGUUUAGGUGUUUAGUUCCACUUUAAAAUUAUCAUAUGAUUUAUUUUUAAUUUCCAGCUUUGUGUUUUAAGCUGAAAAUGUUUACUUUCCCAAAUCUCAUCCGUACAUUGUUGUCAACAAGCUAUAUAUUUGAUUAAUGUAAAAAACAAGAAUGUUGCCUUAGACUUGUACAUUUUAUUUUGUUUUUUGUGUAUUCUUGAAAGCCUUCGCAUCGGCUGUUUUCCCAAAGGCCUUACUUUAUUAUUAUUUCUAUUCUAUGCAUAAAACUGUCUUGUGUAUUUAUCAAUUACUUUAGCUUUUUGUGGGCCGAGAACAUGUCCAAACCUAUUUCGCCACCAACUCGGACAAUGAUUCAAAAUGUUGACGAUUAACCUAUUAUCAAGCACCUAUAUAUAAUUUCUUUGCUUCUGUUUGGCUGUGAGGCGUUCAAAGGUUAUGGGAAAAAGAAGAAUCGAAAAACUAGAAUUGACUUUGCGUUUAAAGCACUGUUGUACGGUGUUGUUUCCCUGGUAUUUACAGGUUUAAAAAAGUACACAUUUGGUUCAAUGCUUUCACCUUGUUUUUCUCCUCUGUACAUGGCAGUGGGUGUGAAGAUAGUAAUUUAAUAUUUGUAUAAAGUUUAAUUUAAUUUUACAGUGUGUAUAUAACUUUCUAAUUAAAGCUUUCUUUUGGAUGUGGAA